AUGAGUUAUUUAGCAACAUUAAGUCUAGAUCAACAGACUUACUUAGACAAAACCCCAUCUCUCCAACCUAUAGGGACUUAUAUAAACUCUCGUUGUUUUCCUAAUAUGCUCAGCGCUCUUCAAGCAAGCAAUAUCAAGUUUACUCAACUUCUUGAAUGUUUAACAAGUCAGCAACCUCUUGCUUCUGGAAGCAUUACACAAAGUCUGACUAGCCUAAAUGACUCUUUGACCUGGUGCGGGGAGCGUUUAGAAAGCAUGAAAAGAGGAGGACUCACACAAAUUCCAACUAUGUUUGACAGCGUUUCAGUUGAGUAUGUUACAACAGGCCUCUCGCCAGAACGCGAAGACAAAACGGAAACAGAUACUGAAAAUAUAAGAGCUUUCGAAGAAGAAAUGGGUAAAGCCGCAAAGUUUCAAGAAGUUUUUAAAAAUAUUCAAGCAAUCUCUAAAUGGCCCAAGUAUUGGGAUGUUCAAGUUAUGCCCUCCUUUGGAAGUGAUUACUCAGUGACUAAGAAAUCUGCUUACGCAAAAGUUGAAUAUGUUGCCAUCGUCUUUUUUCUCCUGAUAGCCGUUUUCUUGAUUCAACUAGUUGUUCGCUCAAAACUCCUUCCGUACUUUAAAACUCUUUAA